GAAAUAAUUUUUCAAGCAGACCAUUCAAGAAAACUUCUCAACUUUGCUAAGUUUUUAUUUACUGUGCUCUAUUCGUAUAACCCCAUUGCCAUUUUACGCUAAACUAGAAACGUUAUGAAUUAUUUUCACAUAUCCAAUCUUACAAUAUGGAUACUUACAAUCGUUAUUCACCUUAAUAUGGUAUCGGUAAUAUCAGAAUUAGUUCCCAUCCAAAAAAGUGAUCCACGUGAAUGGCAAGAUAAUGGAGCAGAAGCCAACUUCCUGGUAUUCAAUAGCAUAUACGCAGUAUCUAUCGAUGAAGAACUAUUGACUGUGAGUGGAUAUUCUACUGGUAAAUGUGAUCAAUUUGAGCCAAGUCGUAAGUUGAUUGCAGCUGAUUUACCUUAUCCAAAUAAAUGCCCAGGAAUAAUUCAUUUUUGCUGGUUCAAAGCAGAAAGCGAAAGACGGCAAGCAGCGGCAAAAAAGAAGGCUGAUUUAGAUUGUAAAUUCGGGUGUACCAAUGACGGAUAUAAUGCUCUAAUUCAAGCAUCGAUAGACUACAAUUACGUUGGUAACAAUUGUUCCUGUCUUUGCGAACGUUAUUAUAAUUAUAAAAACAAUCCGCGUGGUGAUCUGAUUGAUUCCAUUUGUUAUGAUCCAGUUUCAGUUGAUGACGGCUAUGUUGCAACUGGCGUGAGAUUUAAAAAACAUAGUAAUAUAGUUUAUCUUGAACUUCAGCAAGGUAUAUUAUCAGCUGGACAAAUUGAUCCCAAUACUUUGAAGUGGACAACUGCUAAUAACUGUAAUUUAACAAAGAAAGUGAUUUCUGAUUUCCGAAGCAACAAUCUCUAUGAGUCACAUGAUGUCAUAUUAGAAGAUAUGACUUUACCAGAAAAUGCAGUUGUUACAGGUGUUACAUUGGGUAAAUCAUUGCGCGGCCGUAUUAUUAAUGACGAUGGCGAUUUCAAUGAUGAUAUGGAUGAAAUCGUAAAAAGUAGUCAAUGCGAUGAAAGUACCACUGACUUUUUGCAAACUUAUUCAAAUCUGCCAUCUACGUCUUUGAUAGGAAGGAAUACCGAACUUAGUAAAUCAUGCGAACAUAGAAUUGUAUUUAUUUCAACUGGAGCGAGUUCUGAUUAUAUGCAACACGUUGUUCCGUAUGUUGAUUUACAGGAGAUCGUUACCGAUCAAAAAUCCCCUGAGCCUCUUCGCGGAAUCGGUUGGUAUUAUCGCGGUUAUCCUGGUUAUGGAGGAUAUUUGGCUCUAAAGAUUUUCAAAUAAUUGUAAAUAUCGGCAAAAAAAAAAUAAAUGUCUUCACUGAAUAACAGCAAAAUAAAUAAAUUUUAAUCAACAUAAA